AUUUGGCAACUCUGCUCGCGCCGGCCAUCAGAAGGCACCAACUCUGCGACGUGUGAGGACGUUCACUGACUCCAUUAGCUCCGUUCUCCUCCCCCCACAUUAUUCAACAACCUUUAGACGGAGACAUCUUGAGGCAUCAUGGAAGAUUUGGGAUAUUUGAAAAAUGAUCCAACCUUCUCAUCCCGGGCCAUCCAUGAUGGCAACGAACCCGAACAGUGGAGUCACUUAGCUGUUGUUCCACCGAUUUCCACAGCUACAACUUUUAAACAGAAUGGUCCUGCUGACUUCAAGAUGUUUGAGUACAGUCGCUCAGGUAACCCUACCAGAAACUGCCUUGAGAAGUGCCUGGCUUCAACUGAGAAUGCUGAGUUUGGCUUGGCCUUUGCCUCGGGUUUGGCUGCUACCACCACCCUAACUCACACCCUUUCUGCUGGUGACCAUAUUGUUUCUAUGGAUGAUCUUUAUGGUGGCACCAAUAGAUAUUUCAGGCAUGUUGCCACAAGAUUUGGACUCGAGAUAGACUUUGUUGAUGCUUGUUAUCCAAAGAAAGUUGAAGCAGCCAUGAAAACCAACACCAAGAUGGUGUGGAUAGAAACUCCCACCAACCCCACACUGAAGCUUGUUGACAUUGCUGCUGUGGCAGCUAUAGUAAAGAAACAUGGAAGUUCAUUCCUGGUUGUAGACAACACAUUUAUGUCUCCCUAUUUUCAACGACCUCUUGAUCUUGGAGCAGAUUUGGUUCUGCACUCAGUAACAAAAUACAUAAAUGGCCAUACAGAUGUCAUCAUGGGAGCCAUCUGUACAAAUAGGAGUGACUUACACGAGCAACUUCGCUUUCUCCAAAAUUCUAUUGGACCUGUUCCUUCUCCAUUUGACUGUUACUUGGUCAACCGGUCCCUGAAGACAUUAGCUUUACGAAUGGAACAACACAUGAAGAAUGGUCUGGCUGUUGCCAAGUUUCUGGAAACACACUCUUGUGUUGAGAAAGUUAUACACCCUGGCUUACCUUCUCACCCUCAGCAUGAGUUAUCCAAGCGUCAGUGCUUUGGUCACUCUGGCAUGUUGAGUUUCUACAUCAAGGGAAAUGAUUUGGAAACUUCUAAGAAAUUCUUCAAGCAUUUGAAGGUGUUCACCCUUGCUGAGAGUCUAGGCGGAUAUGAGAGCCUCUGUGAACUUCCGUCUGUGAUGACUCAUGCAUCUGUACCAAAAGAGACGCGUGACAAACUUGGCAUCACGGAUGGUCUAAUACGGAUCUCAUGUGGCUUAGAGGGCACUGAUGACCUUAUCAAUGACCUUGAUCAAGCACUUAAGGCUGUGAUAUUGCAGUAGUCCUCAUGUUUGGGCAUGGUAACUACAGCGUCUCCUCCUGCACUGUUGUUAGUCAUAAAUGUUGGAAUUAUUUGCUAAACAGUAUUAAAUCUUGAUAAUAAUGACGAGGUCUCUUGUAAAGCAAAAUACUGUAUUAAUAAUAAUUUCCAACUUUUAAAAA